UCCUCCUUCAACCCCCUUCAGUGGCACUACAACCGGCGACAAGAGCCCGCAGUUAUAAACCGCCCCCAGUCAACCUGUUAAAUCAGAUACUUCUGUCCAUCACAGGCUCAGAAUCUGUUUUUUUCCCUAAAAGAAAUGCGUGUUAUAUCGCAACGCCACACCGAAUUCAGCUAGCCCACGAAAAGGCGUUAACCGUUUGAAAUGUACGCAGGGGAGUUAGAUUGACAGUUGGUCUGUCCGUACGCGUGCAGGGAAAGGCUUCCUGGACCGAAAACAAGAAGUUUACAUCACCAAUCGACGAGGUCGACCUCGGGAGAAGGCGGAUCUCUGUGCGCUGUAAAGAUAGGUUGCGCUCAGUGUUGGAGACAGAAAUUUAGACAGUUGGAACUGUAAAUCUUGGAAGAAGACGUUGGUCCGUAGAAAUCUGUAUCGCUACUACUUAGUAUCUUCCAAGACGCUGGCUGAAAGACGUCGGUGAGAUAACGGCGGCUUCCCACUCAGGGAACGGUAAAAGUUUGGCGCACAAGGACUUCAGCGGAUCGCUUGCAGCUGCAGCUCAUAUUUGAUUGAAUCACCACGCUUGGAAAUGUCUGAAAAUAAGCCGAAUGAUGAUGACCCGAAGUUGUCAACGACGGACAGGAUGGUGAAAUCCGUCCCGUUCCCUCCCAACCACCGCCUGACGGGUAAGGAGGUUUUCGACAGCGAGGGGAAGCCCAAGGUGGACGUCCUGAAGGCCCACCUGACCAAGGAGGGGCGCGUGGAAGAGGGCGUGGCCCUGCGUCUCAUCUCCGACGGCGCCGCCAUCCUGCGAGCCGAGAAGAAUCUGCUGGACAUCGAGGCGCCGGUCACAGUUUGUGGAGACAUCCACGGGCAGUUCUUCGACUUGAUGAAGCUCUUCGAGGUGGGAGGGUCACCUGCCAACACCCGCUAUCUUUUUUUAGGCGACUACGUGGACAGAGGCUACUUCAGUAUUGAAUGUGUGCUGUAUUUAUGGGCCUUAAAAAUCCUUUAUCCCAAAACGCUCUUUCUUCUCCGGGGGAACCAUGAAUGUAGACAUUUAACAGAGUAUUUCACAUUUAAGCAAGAAUGUAAAAUUAAGUAUUCCGAGAGGGUGUACGACGCCUGCAUGGACGCCUUCGACUGCCUCCCCCUGGCCGCCCUCAUGAACCAGCAGUUCCUGUGCGUACACGGCGGGCUGUCCCCCGAAAUCACGCAGCUCGACGACAUCAGGAAAUUAGACAGGUUCAAAGAGCCCCCCGCCUACGGUCCCAUGUGUGACCUGCUCUGGUCGGACCCCCUGGAGGACUUCGGCAGUGAGAAGAACCAGGACCACUUCACCCACAACACGGUGCGCGGCUGCUCCUACUUCUACAGCUACCCAGCCGUCUGCGACUUCCUCCAGCACAAUAAUCUAUUAUCAGUGAUCCGGGCCCACGAGGCGCAGGACGCUGGGUAUCGCAUGUACAGGAAGAGCCAAACGACGGGAUUCCCGUCUCUCAUCACAAUAUUCUCCGCGCCAAACUACCUGGACGUGUACAACAACAAAGCUGCAGUACUGAAGUAUGAGAAUAAUGUGAUGAAUAUCCGGCAGUUUAACUGCUCCCCCCACCCGUACUGGCUGCCCAACUUCAUGGACGUCUUCACCUGGUCCCUGCCCUUCGUCGGAGAGAAAGUAACCGAGAUGCUGGUCAACGUGCUGAGCAUCUGCUCCAACGACGAGCUGACGACCGAGGAAGAGAUCGAUGGAGCUACAGCGUCCGCUCGUAAGGAGGUUAUCCGCAACAAGAUCCGCGCCAUUGGCAAGAUGGCCAGAGUCUUCUCCGUCCUCAGGGAGGAGAGCGAGAGUGUGCUGACACUAAAAGGGCUGACCCCCACCGGCAUGCUGCCCAGCGGGGUUCUGUCCGGCGGGAAGGAGAAGCUGCAGAACGAAACCGCAGCUACUGUUGAGGCAGUUGAGGCUGAUGAAGCCAUCAAAGGUUUCUCCCCCCAGCACAAGAUCGCCAGCUUCGAGGAGGCGAAGGGGCUGGACCGGAUCAACGAGCGCAUGCCCCCGCGCCGGGACGCCUCCCCCACGGACGCCUCCCUCAACUCGCUGAACCGCGCCCUCUCCACCGAGGCCAACGGCACCGACUGCAAGGGGGGCGGGACCAGCGGCGCCAACAUCCAGUGAGCGGACAGCCGGGCUGUCACUCAGGCUGCGGCCCAAUGGCGUGCAGCCUUCCCCACCGGCUGGGCGGGACCGUCCCCCGGCUCCUCCUCCUCCUCCUCCUCCUGCUCCUCCUCGCUGCGGAUUUCUGAGUGGGGGGGGAGGGCUCUGGUUUUGCACGACUGAGGGACUGGGAGGGGCGGAGAGAAAGAGAGAGUGAAAGAGAGAGUGAGAGAGAGAGAGAGAGAGAGGCUGAGAGGGUGAGAGAAAGAGUGUGAGCGAGGGAAAGAAGCGACACGGAGAAAGAUGUUUAAAAAGCUUCUGGGUCGGCGGGGUUGGCCCUCCUUUCAUUUUUUUUUUUGGAUAUGCCUUUAAAAAUAAAAUAAUUGCUUGUAGACACAUGAAAACGUCAUCGCCGGUAUACUCUUUGUGUGGGCAGGGUCGUGUAUGUUUGCUACAGUGAGGAACGAGCUGUGAUGGGCUUGCUCUUCGUUUUUAUUUUUAUUUUUAUGUUUUUGGAACGGCUCGUCCUUUACUGGACGUGGGAAAUUUCUUUACCUUCUAACCAACUCUUAACGUUUACAUAAAUUCAGCACUAAAAAUGGACAGUACGUACGAAAUGUUUUUAAAAAUAUAAAGGUGUACAAACUAAAUAAGGACUAUUUAUUGAAGACUUUUUUCUUGUUUUUUCUUUUUUUUUCGCUAUUCUUAUAUACCAAUAGCUCUGAAAUAAAAAUUAGUCUUAAAAGAAUGUUGCAAAAUUGUUGAAAAUGCCAAAAAGGAAAGGUUUUGCGGUUCUGUGCAGGUUACUCUUACCUCAGGUCUAUGUAGUGUGUGGUUUUGGCCCUUUUCUCUAUAAAAUGGUUGACUUGGCAAUGAAUACCUUUUGUUUCUGGGAAUUUGAUAACUGGAAUUUACAUUUUAAUUAUCAUUUGCUGAUACUUUGUUUUUUGUUUUUGUUUUUCUAGAAAGGUAUAAUUACAGGUCGCGGCUUGCUAUAAAUCUGUUUUGAUGGUUGGUACCUUUCUUUACUUAUGUUUUAAGUAUAGUGAACAAAAUCUUAAGUACUAUAUAAAGUUCAGUGGGAAGAAGUCUAUAUUCUGUAUAAAAAAAAUUUAAACGACUUGAAGAAAUCUGCCUAUGCAUGUUUUAUAAAAAGUAAUUAAAAUAAAUACUUAUAUCAACAAAUUAAAUUAACUUGGCUGCCAAGAAAUAUUUGGGGACUGUAGUGCGCUUAGCAGAUAUUUACUGGAAUUGUAAGCCGACAUUCUUUAUAGUUACUCUAUCAAACUACUUUUUGCCUUUUGCUUUUUUUUUGUAAUUAACGCAUCAAACUAUUUAAGACAGAAGAGGACUCGUGCUCUUAUUUUGAAUAAGCUUUGAAGUGCACGCGUAGUGUACGUAGAUUUAGCAUGGUUAGCGAUUCUCGUGAGAUACGUCUGUGAUUACGCGUGGAAAUCCAAGUGCAUGGAUAGCUGUUGUUGUCAUAUAAUGGUUUAGUCAUUUCUGAUUCUGUCUUGUAACGUGCCACAGAGUGUCAUUUUAUUAUAAUGAUUAUUAUUAUUAUUGCUAUUAUUGUUAUGUUUAUUAAUAUUAUUAUAAUUAUUAUUAUUAUUAUUUGGAUCUCUUUGCUUUGUAUAUCGUUGGCAGGAUUGAUACUGCUCCAUACUUUAAGAGGAAAUUUGGUCCUGUGGUCUUUUUUUAAAAAACUGUUUUAAGUGCCCAAGUAAUUCACUGCGACAUAUAAAGCCUUGCUUUUGUAAUUUGACUUCAAAACUGUUGGCAGACAAAGCAUGCACUUGCAAACAAAAAAAAAAAGAAAGUAUUUUAUAUAUUACUGUUCAAUAAAAUGUGCAUGAAACCCAGCGGAAUCAAACCAUGUGUGUUUUGUGCACAGUGGCACGGACAGCCCACCCAGCUAGUUCAAAGUCUGUGAUUGGAGGAAAAUAUGUCACGAUGACAAACAAAUAAAUAAUAAACAAAUAAUAAAUAUGUUUCACCCA